AUGUCGAAGCAACCCACGCGCGCGAAUGGCGCUUCCACGAAGCGUCUCGCUGAAGAUGGCGGUGCGUCAACUCUCUCCAAGACCCUUCACAGCUUGUCUUUGCAGCAGGGCCCUCGUGCUCGCUCGCUCGCUGACCCUUCCUCAGACAUUUGCCCCGUCUGCAAAUCGUCGCGGUACCUCAACCCCAACAUGAAAUUCAGGGUCAAUCCCGAGUGUUAUCACAAGAUGUGCGAGUCUUGCGUAGACCGAAUAUUCAGUCAUGGGCCUGCGCCAUGUCCGAUUGCAGGUUGCGCAAGGACGCUGAGGAGGAACAAGUUCAGAGAGCAGACGUUUGAGGAUCUGAAGAUUGAGAGAGAGGUGGACAUACGGAAGAGAGUAAUGAGCGCUAUGACCAAGCAAGAAGCCGAUUUCGAGACGCUUAGAGACUACAACGACUACCUCGAACAGGUAGAGGAGAUUACGUGGAAUCUCAUACUCAAAGUCGACGUCGAAUUGACCGAGAGCCGCCUACGACGGUGGGAAGAACACCAGAAGGCCGAACUCAACCUCGCCCCCUCGAGACGCGAGCCUGAGUCUUUGCCCACUGAUCACCCUACUCUUAAGAAAGGCGUCGUACAACGAAAAGCGCCCAGCGCUUCCUCUGGGAGCAUGCUAGACACCUCUGCGAACAAAGACGACAAGGACACAGGGUUCACUUUUCGCGGGCUAAAAAAGCGUGUCGCGCCGCCCAAAGAGGCUCCUUUCGACCCUUUCGAUGGAUGGGAAAUAACGCCACAAUACUUUGUGCAACAGGACGACUACGAGGUGGACUGGUACCAGACUUUCAAGAAAGACCCUGCACAUCUGGUGGCAAUGUGGGACGUAAGGGACUAUGCCAGUCGGACAUUGCGCGAAGCAUUCGGUGGCUUUGGUAUCUUCAUUGAAGACGAGAUCAACGCAAGAGCUAUUCCGUCUAUGAACGCUGGCAUUGGCACAGAGCAGGCGGCGGUCGCGGCCGUAAUGGAUGUGAACAUGGAAGACGUCUUUUAG